AUGAAAAUCGUGUGUGCACAGUUUUGCCCGCAGUUCAAGAAAGUGCAGGAAAAUGCUGAUCACGUAAAAAAGCUUGUGUCGAAAAUCAGCGCUGAUCAAGUCGAUUUACUUGUGCUACCGGAAAUGGCAUUGACUGGCUAUGUUUUUGACUCGUUCGAUGAGAUCGAGCCAUAUUUGGAGAAUCCAUACGAAAAUAUGAGUGCCACUUUUUCUUUAUUAUCUAGCAUCUCAAAGCAUCUCGAAUGCUACGUGGUGGCAGGGUUUCCCGAGCGCGCCUCGGAUCAAACUCUUCGUGAGUUUGGACCGACUGACAUUCGCCAUGAUGCACGCCACAAAGAGGAAGAGACCAUUUCGAAUGCUCAUCUCCCACGAAUUCCGCGCAAAGCUUACAAUUCUGCCAUGCUUGUCGGCCCUUGCGGAUCAUUGAUCAAAGUAUUUCGCAAACACUUUUUGUACGAAGUCGACACAACAUGGGCUGAUGAGGGUCCAGGGUUUGAAUAUAUUGAGCUUCCCCGUAUUGGCAGGCUUUGUGUUGCUAUAUGCAUGGACCUUAACCCGUAUACCCUUGAUACGUCCUUUAACAAGUAUGAGCUGACGUCAUUCUGUGACCGCAAUCAGAUUGACAUUCUGGUCAUGCCUAUGAAUUGGCUCUUGCCAGAAGAAGAUAUAAGAGAGGUCAAUAAAGAUCUUGCUCAGCCCAGUGUACCGACAAUCAACUACUGGGUUGCACGUUGCGUGCCUCUAUGGGUUCCAGGUCUUUGCCAACCCGGUCACGAAGGUCAUAAUACAUUUUUGGUGGCGUCAAAUCGAACGGGCUCGGAGAAUGGCCUCACAUUCGCAGGCUCUUCAAGUGUUCUUCAGUUCACAUUGUCCGAAAGUGCCAAUCUACUCGGCGCUUUAGGUGUAGACACAGAUGGUCUCCUAUAUGUAUCUACGACGUAA